AUGCGCUUUGAGAGAGCCGUGAAGGCCGCAAUUGCCGUGCUUGUUCUUGGAGCUGAGACUUAUACGAACGCAGUUCCAAGCAGAAACGUCUUAAAAGCCAUCGAGCUUCUGAUCAAGGUCCCUUGGUUUACAAGGACAUGGACGCUGCAAGAACUAUGCUUAUCUGAGCAUGUGGUUGUCACGCUAGGAAAAUCUUCCCUUUCUUGGGAAUCUCUGAAUGCGUGUCUAAAGCACUGGAUUACUCUCGCGGGUCGCAAGUUUGGCCACCGAACAAACGAGUUUGAUUUAGUCAAUCUCGCAGACAGCUUCGGGAUGAAAAUGAAUUAUCGCUCAGUCUUACUCGGAGAGAAGCAGGAAAACUCGAAUAUCCCAAAGCUGACCUCUGCAUAUCUCGCAACCCGGUUGAUAAAGACGAUCAGAAGGAGAAAUGCAAUGGACAAACGCGACCAGAGCUUUUCACUCUAUAACCUUCUCGGAAGGCUCGGUAUCAGCGUGCCGAAUCCGGAUUACACGAAACCCGUCACUAGAGUAUAUGAGGACCUCGCAUUGGCUCUCUGCCUUCAUUCGGGUUCAUUUUGGGUUUUGCAUAUGGGGUCUAGCGAAGACAAAGUAGACGGACUGCCAUCAUGGGUUCCAGACUUCAGCCAAUUCAGCCCUGGAGGUUUUAAAGAUCAGUGGGACCUGCUUUCGAAUCCUCCACCGAUCAUCGCUGAAGAGGUUUCGGCAAUUGGCCUCUUACAAAGCGGACGCAACACCGGACAAUUAUUAAUCAGGGCUCGACGCCUGCCGCCUGUGACAAUGAUUAGCGGAUCCCAUGUACCAAACGCACGAUACCUUUCAACGACGGUGAAUUAUGGCGAAGAUAUCAAAGAUCUAGUUUUACCCGCAGUAGCUCAAUGGUUUCUCUUUGCUGAGAGCCUAGAAUUCUUUCCGUCUCGAAGACGUGGUGCCGAAGCCUUACUUGCUCUCAUCGCGAGUCUAGCAACCGAAAAGACAAGCGACGAUGAAUUCAAACCCAAGGCGGAUAUCACACAGACUUGGUGGGCAAACUUCUACAAGGGGCUCAUGAUGGGUUUCACUGCCGAAGGACAACGGUCGACAAAAAAACUAGUCAAAUCCGCUUCUCGGCGUGGACGAUGCGUGAGCGCGCAUGGAGGCUGCGAGAGACCCAAUGCACAGUCCAUUGGCUGGUCAAUGAUGAACGAGAAUAUGACAGACAUUGACACCACGUCUAGAGUCCUGCUGGCUUGUCAGGGCCUGAGCCUUUGCCUGGUUGGCCAGGGCAUGCUGGCAGUGUGCGACGGCCCAGUCCAAACCGGUGACGUGCCGGUGUUCGGGGCCGGGUUAAUGGAAGAGCUGAUUCUCCGACCACGAGGCGAGGAGUUCGAAGUGGUCGGAACUGCUCGUAUCCUGAACUUCGAGGAUGACGAAAUCCCAAAGCCGUUUUCUGGGUUGGACGAUGACAGGUUGGAGACUUUGACUUUAGUCUAG